UUUUCUUGUGUUUUUUUCAUUUUACCGCCAAUACAAGUGUCUGAACCUUGAAAAGUUUUUGAUUAGAUCACAGUUAAUAAAUUUAUAAACAAAUUGUAAUUGUAGAAUUUUAUUUUGUUCAUGAUAAUGGAUCUAAAUAGGCUUUGUAAAGAACUUUUAGGUCUAAAAGAAAAGUUGAAGUGUCCUAUAUGUCUUGAUAUAGUAGGAGAAUGUGCCGAAUUGGAAUGUUCCCAUAGGCUUUGUUCAAAUUGUUUUGGCAACCUUAGAACUAGUAAUCAAAAAGUAUGUCCUUUAUGCAAGGCUGUAAUCACUAGAAGAUUUGUCCCUUACAAAGAUGUGUUUGCUGACAAAAUUGCAGAAUUUGUUUCUGUGGUUUGUAGAGACAUAGAAGGAAAGGAAGGCUCUUCAAUUGAACAAAUAGUCCACCAGAAUAAAGAAUCUCAACAAGUCGAAAAAACUAAAAAUAAAAAUUUACCUUCUACUUCCAAAGAAAGUAGCAAUGAUACAGUGUUAAAAGUAGUUCCAGAAAAAGAAAAUGUAUAUAAGAAAAUAUAUAACAAUAAACGUAAGUCGGGAGGAAGAAAUGAUAGCAUAAAUAAAAGCAAUAAGAACAGUAAAAUCAAAUUGGUACCUAAAAAUCUUGAUAAGGAAACCAAAAACAAGCAAGAUGAAGAGAAAUCUAAAAAAUCUUCACCACAAGAACAAAAAGGACAUGCAUCGCAAGUAUCAGUAUCAAAAGAAGAUGCUUUUGAUAGAUUGCUAAAGCGAUCCCUUGGUAUGGAAACCAAAAACAAACCAGAUGAAAAGAAAUCUAAAAAAUCUUCACCGCAAGAACAAAAAGGACAUGCAUCACAAGUAUCAGUAUCAAAAGAAGAUGCUUUUGAUAGAUUGCUAAAGCGAUCCCAAGAGUUUUUGGUAAAUAAAAAGGGUUCCAAGCAAAAGUAUACCAGAAAGAAAACAGAUAAAGAUGAAGAAUAUCAGAUUUUAGAUUUCCAUGAUAAUUCCAAUAGAAACGAAGUUCUGAAUUGGUUGAACGAUAAUAGAAAUAAAUUCGAUAGAUUAACACAAACACAGGUUUGUCUUGAACAACGUGUGGAUUACGAGAAAGAUGAAAUACCCACCAUAGAUCUUACAUCAGUCUCUCAAGCAAAUCGAAAUAGGCAAAUAAAGGUGCCUGUUGCUCCAAAAAGAAGAGGAAGAGCUAGAUCCCUGGCAUUGGAAAAUAAACUUCCACGAGAAAAAUCUCGGCUAUCAGAUGGUAGUAUUUUGGGUGUUGAAAAUUACACAAUUGAAGACAACACCGAAGAAUUCCUCAUUAAAAAAGCUGAAGAGAAUGUGAUAAUCCACAUCAUCGAAGACGAAUACCUCGACAAAAUGGAAAAGGACUUCAGGAAAAAGUCAGCUCCUCCAAAAGAGGAACAAACGACUCAGAGCUCUACUACUGGUUGGGAAAGGAUAGAAAAAAUUACGAAAACGUUGAGGAAAAAAGAAAAAGUGCCGAAAAAGCUAAAUGUGUCUGUGCAACAGACGCAAAUUACUCGUGGAAGGAGAAUGCUUGAUAAAGUGUUAAGCGAGCGAGAUAUUCAAAAACCACCAAGCCCCAAGAAGGAGGAUUUCAAGAACACAAGUGGUGGUACAGACGAAAGCGAUGAAGUUGUAAGAAAAACAACUAGGCACCGUAGUACAAGAUCGAAUACUCGCAAAUCUGGAGGAAUAGAAAACCAAAGUUUUGACAAAGGAUCAAUCCGUGCUACUGAUGCAGACAAUGAAAAAGACAAGGAUCCACAUCACAUUGAAAUCAAAGCAAUUAUCCAUAAAAGUGCUGAUGUAAACGAAAGCGGUAGUAUGAACGUAAAAGAAGUUGUGGAGAAUUCUAAAGAAAUCAUAGUUCCUAAACCGAAAUCUCCAAACAAAUUACACGAUCUGAAAGAUUUUGAGCGGUUUGUAAAAACCAACAUUGAAAAAGUACCUGACAGCAGUUUCAACGAAACAAUCUCGUCACAAAACUCCGAUAAGGAAAAUAUGUUAAACGCUGCCAACGCCCCCAAACAGAUAGUUAUAUUAAAUAACAUCUUAGUGAAACAACCAGAGAUUCAACAAACAACCAGAGAGAUCAAUCCCUACUUACUACCAACACAAAAAAUAAACGUUUCUGACGAUACUGAAACAUGUAUGGAUAUAGACCAUGAUAUAAAUUGGGAUAAAGAUGCAAGGAACGAUUUAGCUGAACAAAAUGAAUCAUUUCACGAGUUUAACGAUUUUGACGAGGGCAUGAAUAAGCUAUUAAAAAACCUGGAGACGUACUCAGAAAAUCUUAACAAAAACAAACUUAUAACUAAAAAACAAAUCGAGAAUAUACAAAAAUGUAUAGAAAAACUAAAUGAAAUUCAUAAAAUCGUGGAAAAGAGUGUUCCAGUUGUGCCCGAACGUACCCAUAAGAAUGUUCAAACUGAGAAAAACGUUGUAGAAUGUGCAAUACAAACGGUAGAAGAAAACCAAGCGGCAUUAAAUACAUUGUGUAAGAAUUGCAAUAAAAAAAUUAUCUCUAAGCUGAACAGUAGUUCCUCAAGUUGUAAAACGCGUUCCAGUUCGCGAAGGAACAGUGGGAAAAGUGCUAAAGUAACGCAAAUUGACGACUUUGCUGGUACUCUGGUACUCAACUUUGAGACGCAAGAUAUAGAAAGACAAUUUAAAGACAAGAUUGAAGAUAUGGCGAGUAGUACCAAAAUUAAAGAUGUCGACAUUAUGGAAGCUGAAAAUCAGACGGAAGUAACCACUGAUCAAAGUGAUAAAGUGGCCGAUGAAUCAAAAAUUAAGAACAUUAGUAUCAGUGAACAAUUAGAAAAAGAAGAUGAUAAUAUUCUCGUUUGUUCGAUGAAAUCGGAAGGUCCAGAAAAUAAAGGACAGAAUAGUAUGAAACGAAAGUUAUCAGACAGUGAUAGCGAGAUUGUCGCAGUUCCUAAAAGACGUUGCAAUAGGUUCAUACGUGAUGAUCUGUCUGUAGAAUUCGGGAAUUCGGAAAAUCCAAACAAUUACGCAAACAACAAGAAAAGUAGUUUCUCUAGCGGAUUAUCACCCGAAACCAAUGAAGAGGAUGACGAUGAGUACCUCAACAAAAUUUUGAAAAAGUACGAAACUGGUGUAGAGGAAUGUAACUCUUCACCGCCUUCCAAUAAAGAAAACGUGGACAUGGAAUUGGAAGACAAUUUUGAAGACCUUUUAGCUCGUUUACAUAAAAACGUGGCCCCGGUGUCCAAAGCCAAAGAAGAUACAGAAUCACAACAUUCAAAAACCGUUUCAAAUGACAAUAACUUACUUCCGCAUAACCAAAGCCUUUCAAAAUUAGACAACGACGUACAAUACAAAGAAACAGAAAAUUCUGAUAUCAUUGCAGAAACUGAAUCUAUGGAACCUUUACCGAAGAAAACGAAAAGAAGAUUAAAUGAUGUUUUCGUAGAAGAAAAGUCAGCGGAAAAACCUUUGAAUAAAGAAAACACAAUUGUUACAAAGUCCAAUAAAGAAACAUUUUGUGAUGAAUUAGAAGACAGUUUUGAUGGUGUCGAUUUUGCGAAUAUAAACAUUGAAGAAGCUGUUAAUGAUGUUAAUAACACUAAGAAUUGUAAAGAGAACGAAGACGAUUUGUUUUCCGAUGAUGAUAUUGUAGAGACAACACCGCAGAAACAAGUGGAUGUUACCGAAAAAAAGUCUCAGCUUUUCAACAUAACAUCAAAUCGUUCUUUAUUUCCUGCGUUAGAUGAAGUUGAUAAGGAAAUUAUCGACAAUUUCGACGUAAACUUCGUAACCUUAUCACCACCUCCAGGUUUUGAGGAUGAAAAGGAGGCUACUAAUCCAGAAGAUGUUACAGUGAUAAAUACAGAAGCUCCGCAGAUGCCUGUAGAGGAGAAGCCAGAAGCUAGGACUCCUGAUAUCUUAAGUGCGGAGAGAACUGUCAGGAAUACUACACCGACUAACAAUCUAACCGGUUUCGCUUCGCUAGAUGGCAGUGUUCAGAAAUUAUCACAUAGUACUCCACUUACCCAAAACAACCUGACCAGGCAUACGUUAGGUAUUUCACCAAUUGUUCAGGAAAAGAGUUUGUUUGAAAAAGCAUAUUCCAGCAACACUCUCACUUCUAGUGCAAUACGGGAUACGCCCAAAAAGAAGAACCUCCUCACCAGUCUUCCCAAUCAGAAGAGCAUUUUGAACUACGUCAGACCAUCUCAAGACUCAACUACGAACGUCGCUCCAAAGCAAAAACCGUGUCUAGCAUGUACUAGAUUAAGCAAAGUCCAAACCCAGAGUAUUUCUUUAUUGACCAAUAAGAAGUUAGCUACGUAUAGUGCUAAAUUUAACGAUUCGGUGACACAUAUGAUCGUUACUUUGGACGAAAGCAAAAGGAUAAAGGAUUAUACAAUGAAGUUUGUGUCGGCAGUGGCGUCCGGUAUUUGGGUUCUUGGAUAUGAAUGGGUGCAAGAAUGUCUCAAAACCAACAGUAUUGUUCCAGAGGAAGCUUAUGAAGCAUUAGAUGAUUCUGGGGGUACAGGACCAAAAACAGCCAGAUUGUCUAGAUUGAAAACUCCUUUGUUUAAAGGAUUCAAAUUUUACUGCGUCAACCCUCUCUAUUCUACGACAGUCGAAGAGAUCGAGGAUGUCAUUACAAAGCUUGGUGGUAUAACAGUUAAAAAUUUGGAAAACCUCAAAGAAAACGAUGGAAGAAUAGGACUUAUUAUUACAGAAGGUAGAUCGACGCAAGAUUUCGAAAUUUAUGAAAGGUGGUUAGAAAAAUACAAAAUCGUAACGGUCGAUAUCGAGUGGUUAAGUAGAUCAGUGGGAAGAUACAAAGUGAUUAGCGUCCGGCCGUAUAUAUGGUGCUCGGAUGAUUUGCUCGAUGAUAUCGGCUAUCCCUCGUAUCUGACAGAACAAUCAAACUCAUUUUUAAGUUUACAAGAUUAAUUAACCGAAACUAUACAGCGUGUAACGAAAAGGUCAUAAAUUAAAUCGCAAUUUCUGGGACCAAAAAUAGAUUGAUUGAACCUAUCUUACCUUAGUAUAAAUGUGCACAUAAAAAUAGUUACAAAAUGAAAAUCGAUUUUUUUUUUCAAUAUAUCGUAAACUAUCAGAUUUUUUAAUGAAAAUAGACAUGUGACAUUCUUAUGGCAGGAACAUCUUAAAAAUAAUAACAGUGAAAUUUGUACACCCCAUAAAAAAUUUAUUGGUGCAUUAACUUUUUUGCCUAUUAGUAUUUUUUUGAUAAGUCAUUUUUUAUCGAGAUGCUGCUUCUUUUUCUUAUUAAUUUUCAUAUUAUUACCAUGUCUUUAUAAUCUUACUUAACCAUUUUCAAAUAUGUGGUGGGUUUUACAGAUGUUCAAAAUAUCUCGAUAAAAACUGGCUUAUCAAAAAAGUGCUAAGAGGCAAAAUCAUUUUGCGUAACUGACGGUAUCACAAUACUAGUUUAAUUGGAACGUACACCAAUGGGGGGGGGGUGCACAUUUCACAGUUAUUUAUUUUUUUAAGAUGUUCCUGCUAUAAGAAAGGUCUAUUUUCAAUAAAAAAAUAUCUAAUAGUUUUCGAUAUAUUGGAAAAAUCCGAUUUUCAUUUUGUAACUUCAAAGAGCUGUAACUUUUUUUAAGUGCACAUUUUUACUAAAGUAAGUUAGUUCAAUCAAACUAUUUUUGGUCUCAGAAUAUGUGAUUUAAUUUACAACCUGCGUUUUUGUUACACACUGUAUAUUUUGUAAUUUAUUAUUUGUUGGUUUUAUCGAUAUAUUUUUUCUAUUUUUCUAAAUAAAAUAAGUAUUCACAUGUA